AUGCCCACCAUUAAGGGUGUUCUCGACCUCAGCAUACAGACCUCAGACGGGCAAAUUCUCAAUGAAUAUGGCAUCACUCGCUCGAACAAGGGCUCACUUUCCACCUCCUUCGUCCUCUCUCCAACCGGAGCUUCGUUCCAAAUUUGCUUUAGGCCAAUCCAAUCUCUCUUCUCCCACUUGGACGACUACAGAACAGUUGGAUAUCACGACCCCCACUGGAACUUGGUAGCACAUAUUUAUAUCGACAAAAGCGGAAAUACGGAAAGAAAGGUUAUUGUAGAACUUCCACAAAAAGGAGUCCCCUCUGUGAUUACCAUAGCAAAAGGUCGCCCAGCUAUAGGUGAAGAUGGCACCCCAAUGGAGCAGCCAUGGAUGUUUAGUGAAAUACCGGUGGAAUACCUAAUGGCUGGCCUCUCAACCGGCGAGAAGCUGGAAAAAGCCUAUGGGGGAGAAUCUGUCGAAGGUCCUAAUCACCAAACCGAAAUGGGCCAAAUCAAAAUCAUCCUACAUCGUAUUUGCCAACGCAGAGUAACAGCCCAACAGACUGACAGCUAUAUGUCGAACACGGAAGACCCUGGAUGGAUAGGCCAUGAUGUCUCACACGUUGUUGGAAUCGGAGAGGCAAAGCCCUCAGAAGAUAUAUACUGGGAGGUGGAUUACAUUGAUACCAUCGAAAAUCCGUGGGCUACCAUGAUUUUUAUGUACCGUGGAAAGAAGCCGCUCCAGAAAAUGGGGUUAAUUCCCCAGGAUGAUCCUAUUUUAGGAUCUCUGAAUCCCUCCAGCCUUAAUCAACAAUUGGGAAAAAGGGGUUAUCAGAAUGUCAAUUUUAUCGAUACCCUGACAGCUCGAAACCCGGCCAUGGAUCCCACUUUCAAGAAGUUCAAACAGGAUAUCAGGAAUAGCGACGAUGCGGUACCUGAAAAAUAUUUUCCCAAGAUCGCAACAGCAUUCAGAACUUCUUCAAAUCCCCGUGCAGGAGGUUCCAAACAGAAUACCACUGGAAAAAACAAAGUGUUCCGUGCAGAUUCGCUCCCUAAGCUUGAUGGAAAGACUAUAGCUUCUUUUAGGACCUCAUCUAGUAUCCGCAGAAAGAACCCGAAACAAGAUAACAGCAGCGGAGGUGAUGCCGAACUUGCAAAUUCAUUCUCAAAGAUUGCUAUUCGGGCUAAGAAGAAUCUCAUCCGAAAGGGCACAAAGGAUCAUUCCAAGCAGCCAAACAACACUCAAUCUGACAAUGAAACAUGUGUUGAUAGCAGCGCCAGCAAUGCGAUGUGGGUCAGACAAUACAACACCAGAUCCAGCACCAGACUCCAACAGACAAGUGAGUGGGGAUUCCUGGAAGAAGUUGAAAAGAAUGCACCGGUGGCCGAUGCUCCCAUGAACUCGGAAAAGGUAAAGAAAGGGAAAGGAGGAAAGGAUGGUGUACAUGAGUUUUGA